AUGGAAGAGAUAAGAGACUUUAAAAACUGUGUUGAGAAUUGCUCAUUGUUGGACCUUAAAUCCUCUGGAGCUUUUUUCACAUGGGCAAACAAGCAAAGUCGAGGGGAUAUGGUACGAAGUAGAAUAGUUAAAGUGAUGGUCAAUGCUGAGUGGGGAAUAAACCUACCUGCAUCAAUGGUACAUUAUAGGAGUGAUGGGUUGUUUGAUCACUAUCCAGCCAUUAUCAGUUGGGAAAAUGGAAGUCAACCAAAGAACAAAAGAGUCAGAUAUUUUAAUAUGUGGAGUAUGGCCUUAGACUUCAAGGAGAAAAUAAAAGCAGGGUGGUGGACUGACAGGAAGGGCACUGAGAUGUAUGAAUUAGUGAGAAAAUUGAACAAGAUCAAACGUACACUGCAAGAGCUGAAUAAAGACAGGUUUAGUAAGGUUGAACUGAAGGCAGAUGAGGCAAUACAGAAGUUUCAAAAGUGCCACGAAAAAAUUCAAUUGGAUCUAUAUAACAUUCACUUGAUAGCUGAAGAAACUAACCUCUCACAAGAAUGUAAAACAUUGAAUGUUGCUAGGGAAAAUUCAUGA